AUAACAUACCGGACAAUUUAAAUCGACAGAAGGAGAUAUAGAGAAGCAGAGAUUUAAGUCGCGAUUCUACAACACGAUAUGGAUGGAUUCUGUAAAUGAUAUUCAUGUAUCUCCAGAGAGUGGCUGGCAUAGACGGUCUGCCGACUCAUUGAAAGGGGGGUCCUGAUCCGCGGAGGGGUUCGACAAGGAUCACAUGUUACCCGGACCUCAUUCAACCGUGCUUUGUCACGUCAGCCAUUUUGCGUCCUCAUCGACUGGGUUUAUAAAUUAUAGAAACCCGACACCAACCAUUUAACCGAAAAACACCCUGCGUGCUUGGAUCGCGGCUACUGUUACAAAAUAAAUGGGGAUUAGAUAUUACUGGUCGAUUUGGGCUGCCAUUUUGUUCGGUGCUAAAUGAUUCCCUUAUUCUGUGGUGUUAAAUGUUUUAUAGAAUUUGCCGAACAUUGUUCUGGGGACCUUUUAGAAAAGAGCUGCAGCUAUCAAGAUAAAAUCUGCAUAUGUUCUCUUGAACUUUCUUUUGGAUUUUAUAAAGAUCUGGAGUUUCCAUUUUAAAGAGAAAAAAAACUUUGUCAAGGUUUUCACCACACUAGGAAGAUGGUCACAUCUGUUUGAAGGCUUCCAGAAAGUCAACGUUGAAGAGAAAUCCUGGAGUGUGGUGUCGACGAAUCCCGUGGAGUGUGGAUCGUUCAGUGUCAGUCAGUGUUUGUCGCACAUCUCCGGGAGACAGUCGGAGAGGUCUGAAGAUUAUCACAACUUUACGGAGAUUUGAGACACUGGAUUAUUAUUCUAGAGACAGUCUGCUGUGUCAGUGGACACCACUUCCUCCAAGUUUCCUCGCAAGCUUCACAGGUACUAAUGAAGAGCUAACAAGGACAGCUGUGACAGAUACAGCGCAUACUUAGCGGAUCUUUUCAGUGCUAACUUUGUCAACGGUUCUAUAUAUAUUGUACAUAUAAAUAAGAGACGUUCAUGCUGAUCUUAAAGCUGUAGAAGGAAUGAUUAAAGCCGAGUGUCAGAUAGUGUUAUGAGAAAAUUUCAUUCUGUCAUCAUGGCAGGACUUGCGUUCACUUUAGGUUUCGUUCUCGGGAUGAUGCUGCAGCUUCCGGUGAUAACCCUUCCUUUGGAAGAACAAAACUUUGAAAAAACUGACUCCAAAACUGGCAUUCGCCAUGAAUCUGUAGGCUCGGCGAGAAAACAGCUUUCGCUGGAUAAUCCAUUAAGACUUGUAAAGCCUUCCUCUUAUGGAGUAGUGUAUCCUCUGAACAAUGGUACGAACUCGUACUUACAGGGACAAACGGAUUAUAGCGGAUCACAACAAUCGGACGGUUCCUCUGGCGCUUCACCUGCAAUAGAAUCCGUCAUUAGGAAUCGUGAAUCAGCAAAACAACCAGAUGUGCUGAACGGGAUUUUCUGGUCGGAAGCCACGGAGAAAAAAUGUCCGGGUGGGUUUACCGAAAAAGAGCAGGAAGAUUGGAAGAGUAAAAUAAACAAUGUUAAAGUUGUGAAACUGGAAAAUGGAUGCGGAAGGAUGCAGAACCGGUUAGCUACUUUCAAAGAUGCAUCCCGUGCUUGUGUUAGGUACAGAAUGAAUACAGAUCAAAUACAGGGUGAUAUUUUCUCAUUUUAUCUAAGUAAGCUCUUGGGAAUAAGUAACGUUCCUCCUUCUAGCUUACAUUUAGUUAAUACAAUUGAUGACCGAUGGAGGACGGUAACAGGUGAAAUUGCAAACAGUAAGUGGGCAGACGAUAAAGUUGUCAUUUUUACACAAUUUGUAGAGGGACUAAAACCAUCUCAUAUUCCGUUUGAAUUUCGAGAAGAAGAUCGAAAAUUACAUCCUAAACAGGACCUAGGCAACUCAAAAGGUCCUGAAGAUCUGUGUGAUUUAGUGCAAUGGUCAGACUUACUGAUAUUCGAUUAUCUGACGGCAAAUCUAGACCGCGUGGUGAAUAACAUGUUUAACCGUCAGUGGAAUCCAAAUAUGAUGAACACUCCGGCACAUAAUCUGGAACGGACGUCCAAUGGACGCCUAGUUUUCUUGGACAACGAGUCGGGACUGUUUCAUGGUUAUCGUUUGCUGGACAAAUAUGCUUCUUAUCAUAAAAAGCUCUUGGACGCUCUCUGUGUCUUCAGAAACUCCACAGCGCGUGCCAUAGAGCGCCUUUAUCGUUCCGGAAACGCGGGUGAGGAACUUAACAAACUGUUUUCCCAACAUGAAGAGCUCUCUAACCAGAUUCCACGUUUCCCUCAGAAAAAUGCAAAAAUUUUGCAACAAAGGAUAGCGGACGUUUAUGAACAAAUUCAGAUGUGCAAGAAACAGUAUGUGUAAAAACUGAGUUAUAAAGUCUUUAUUUCUUUAUAACAUUCAUUGGGAGGUUUCAAACCUUAAAUUAUGUGCAAAUUUAACGCAAUUCUUAACGGAUGCCGUCUGUAAAGCUUAUGCAUACAUUACAGCAUUCUUUUAUUAUGUGUAUCUUGCCAUACAAUCAAGAAAGCCCAUUUCUGUGCCUUUCAAAAAGGACACCUUAUUUUAAAAAGUGCUAAUCAUGAUAUUUUAUUGCAAUAUUACCAUAUUUUAAAUGUUCAUGUUUUUCAUCCUCAUAAAACUCUCAUGUUAUGGAUUAUCAUUGUUAAACUUUCAUCGUUAUGAUAAAGUACAAAAAAGCUUAAAA